GCAGUGUGAAAUGUGAAAUGUGCUCGGUGUGUCUGACUGUCACUUGUUGGGCUGCCUCUCUCAGGGCUGACAGACUCGUAGGCUACACGUGAUGGUCUGUGCGCGCCACCGAACCACUGUCGCUCGCCUGGAGACUCGAGCAGGGUUGAUUGACACUGUGUGCAGCAGGCUACUGUAAACAAAGAAUAAAAACCCAACAAACUAGCACGGAACAAAUAAUAAAGCCGGGCAGCAUCGGGUUAACUGCUAGUAGUUUCUCUCAUUCAUUCGUCGGGUUGUCAGUUAGGGUGUUUUUCAAGCCUCUUUUUUUCCAGAUUUGAGCGUGCCAAGAAGAGGGGAAGCAAAAACAUGGCUGGUAAAAUGGCUGGUUUAAUGGCAGGUUUUGGUCAUUACACCCACGCCGUCGUCCGGGGAGUCCCCGCGUCCCUGGCCAAAGAAGCGCUCCGGAGCAGCCAGGCGGAGGUGGACCUGGCCGGGGCGCGGAGCGAGCACGAGGCGUACGUCCAGGUCCUGGGGACGAGGCUCGGGCUGAAGGUGGUGGAGCUCCCCGCGGACGAGUCGCUCCCGGACUGCGUGUUCGUGGAGGACGCGGCCGUGGUGUGCGGUGACACGGCGCUCAUCACCAGACCCGGGGCAGAAAGCAGGAGGAGAGAGACGGAGGCAAUGAAAGCAGCUCUGAAGGAAUUGAAUCUGAACAUCGUGGAAAUGACUGAUGAGAACGCCACACUGGAUGGAGGAGAUGUGCUUUUCACAGGUAAACUAUGUUGCCUCGAUCAUUUUAUUUUUCUUUGCUUCACCUACCGUAAUUGGAUUGUGUUGUUGCAGGACUAUGCUGUGUCGACCGUGCCUGUGCUGGAAGGGCUUCACCUGAAAAGCUUCUGCAGCAUGGGAGGACCAGGCCUUAUCCUCAUUGGCUCCAGUGAACACGCACAGAAGACCCUCAAAAUCAUGCAGCAAAUGAGUGACCAUCGCUACGACAAACUGACGUUGCCUGAUGACCUCGCUGCCAACUGCCUCUACAUGAACCUACCCAAUAAGGGACAUGUGCUGCUUCACCCCACUGCAGAGGAGUUUCCAGAGAGUGUCACGGUGUUCGAGAAAUUGAAGGACCACAUGCUGAUCCCGGUGUCCAACAUGGAGAAGGCCAAGCUGGACGGAGCCCUCACAUGCUGCUCGGUGCUAAUCACCAAGAGGGCCGACAUCUGAGCCGCUCAGCAGGGGGUCUCUGAGUGCAUGGUACCCAAGUGGAGCCUGUAUCACAUCACUAAGGAUCCCAAGGUUUAGCUAAUCUAUUUUGGUACUUAGAGGAAGGAUAGGCAACAAAAACUAACAUUUAAGUUAACAAAAUUGUGAAUAGAUCAGUUUACUUGAAAGACAUUCGGUUAAUGUUGUCUCUUAAAGAAAUAGUAUAUUACAUUAGAAUCAUUAUUAUUAAAAUCUAGAUUUUUUAGUUUUACAUUUUUCUAAUUAAAGCUCAAUGCAAUCCAAGAAAACUAAUUGGGAGGUUUGAUAAUGGGUUUUCCCCAUGUUAAGCUAUAUAUGUUUUUUGAUCGUGUUUACUCCAAAGAGUCUACAAAUUAUAAACAUUUGGUUCAGGAUGACCCACUAGCUGAGUGGUCAUGGCACAUACCACAUUGGCACUAUUGUCCUAAACAGUAAGUGUCUCAUCUGUCUCUCCACUAUCACUAUGAUAAAAGGAUGAAUGCACAAAAAUAAUAAUAUAAUCUUUAUGAGCUACUAAAUGAUCAGAUCCCAGAUCAGAGGGGUUCUAAUGUGCCACAUUAAGCCCCUCUGAAACCUGCAAACCAAUAGUUUAGUUUUGAACACCUUAAGAGAUCUACAGUAUACUGUAUAGCACUGGACCAAUAAAACCUGAUGGAUCAGUUUGAUAAAAUGUUUUAGUUGCCACAUUGAGUACUUUUAGUUGAGUUGCAAUGCAGGCCUUUGACUAAGAACUGACAGAUAAACUUCCUGUUGAACAUACUUCAUUGGGGGUUUGCAUCUUUGUCACCUUUUUCAUGCCUUUCCACCAGCUAGCAACCAGUAGCCUGUUAAUGUAUUCUAUAAGGACCACCUGUACCAUUUUCAGAGCCUUUUGGCAUCCCUCCUAAUGAGCCUUUGUUUCGAUUCAUGUGGGGAUGCAAAUGUUCAGAUUCUGUGCCAACCCUACGGACGAGAGAGAGAAGCCGCCUGUGUGGGAAAUGAAUGUCUUCAUUAUAAAACCCUAGCUUUCAUUUAUUCCAACACCCCUGCUUCUCUAAAUUUAAAUGUAAAGUCUGUAUGAAACACACAAUGUCUCUCCUGCUGAAUGAUUGUAAAGGCACUGUUGUGUUCUCACUCCAUUAGUUCUGCCUGUUAUUGAUUACACUGAUUCUUUGUGUUCCCUGUCUGGUAGUUUGUACUCAAACUGAAUGGGAGCAUGCUGUGAGACUGAUGUCUAUUACACUAAAUCCAAUAGCACCAAAUGUGACUGCAGUGUGAGAGUUUUGCACUUGGCAUGAAGAACAAGCUAACAGCUUGGUGUGUUUCCAUAUGUCUCCACAAUGGUAGGUGCAAACACGAGUCUUAAGGAUGUUAAUGAGUUCUGUUUUGGUGGCCUUAUCACUGUUGUUGCUGAAUCCCCAUUUGAAGCCUGUAGAUUUUACAUCUUGAAUACUGUACUAUAUACUGUACAUGUAAAACCAUGUUUUUUCUCAAUGUGAUUGUAAGUGAAAGUUGAGGAAAUGACAUCAGGAGGUGAUUCAAACUCCCUCUGUAGACGUUGGCGUUUGGGCAAGUGGGCAGUGAUGAAACAUGGAAAGAAUUCCUGUUGGGAGGAGAUGCUUGUUCACCAGUAAACACUGACUCUUAAACUUUUCUCUGUCUUUCUGCCUAACUCUAAACAAUCGCCCUCUCCGCUCCUCUGCUAUUGCCUCAUAGACAAUCCGGGCAAAUGUAUGGCCAUGAUAUCAUACAGUUUGGCGAACGCUGUAGAUGUGAUGGCCUGCUGUUAAAGUGUGACACUAGUAGUAUAUUUUACAGCUGGCUGGAUGCGAGGUGAUAGAAUAGUUGCAGAGCAUCCAGUUGUGAUUCUCACGCAGUUACUCCAUAAGGCCAGACCAGUCAUUAAAAGCCAGGGAUAAGAUCUGCACAUGGAGUCCUAUAUACAGUACAUUGCACUUAAUGCAAUGAUGGCUACAUGUGUUGUCACUGUCAAAUUGAACAAAUACAUCAUUAGGCUUCCUGAUUAGUCAACCAUUGGAUUUUAUCUCACAUUGCUCCAAUCACUCGUUGGUUGUGCAGCUUUGUGGCAGAAUGAGAUGUUCCUAUCGGCGCUGAUUCAGAACAUUUAAUACAGGUUUGGUUCUUGGCUGGCAGGUCUGUGAGUAACUGUGGCUGAAAAUGUGUGCUGACUUUGUUGAAGGUUUAUUUCUCCUCUUACUAAUCCCCUCACUCACUACAGUAGUCAUGUUGUUUUGGUUGCUCUUAUUCCAACUGAGGGCUCUUGGAUUUCAUGCAAGUUGUGAGUAAAAUUGUUUGAAUCAUCGUAAAAUUAGCUUUUCGUCUACUUCAUGUAAUAAAUCAUCUAGCAUUCA